GUGCAGCCUGGCAGAGCAUACAUAACCUUAGACACUGCAGCAGCUCAGUAGCAGACCCAGCAGCCUGGUAAAGUGUUAGCAUUAGCAGUCACCCUCAAGUGGUGGGACAGGCGUGGAGAAGGAGGGGGUGGUCGAUGUUCCUUUUAUAGGACUGCUGCUCUUCUGGAAUGUGAAGGUGCUGAAAUAGCAGACGUGACUUAGAACUGAAGUUGUGAUUAUCAAGCCAGGCUCUCUUCAGUGCUGUCCGAUUCUUGGCUACGACCGUCGCAAAGCAUGGAAAACGUAGAAGUCUUCAACCCCGAAGCUAAGGGUCGAGGGCUGAAAGCCACCAAGGAUUUCUGGGCUGGGGAUGUGAUCUUUGCAGAAACAGCCUAUGCCGCCGUAGUGUUCGACAACCUCACACACAGUGUGUGUCACACAUGCUUCAAGAGACAGGAGAAGCUCCAGCGCUGUGGACAAUGUAAGUUUGCUCAUUAUUGUGACCGCACUUGUCAGAAGGACUCCUGGGUUAACCACAAAUAUGAAUGUGCUGCCGUCAAGAAACUUGGAAAAGCACCAAAUGAAAACAUUCGGCUUGCAGGUCGAAUUUUGUGGCGGAUAGAGCGGGAAGGAGGAGGCCUCACCGAAGGAUGCUUAGUCUCCGUUGAUGACCUCGAAAGCCACGUUGAGCAUUUUGACCAAGAGGAGAAGACCGGACUUAUGGAAGAUGUUCAAACCUUUCUUGAUUAUUGGCCAAGUCAGAGUAAACAGUUUGCAAUGCAGUACAUCUCUCACAUCUUUGGAUUGAUAAACUGCAAUGGAUUCACUUUAAGUGACCAAAGGGGUCUUCAAGCUGUCGGCGUUGGAAUUUUCCCAAAUCUCUGUCUAGUCAACCAUGACUGCUGGCCUAACUGCACAGUUAUAUUCAACAAUGGCAAUCAUGAGGCUGUAAAAUCAAUGUUUCAUACACAGAUGAGAAUUGAGCUUCGUGCUCUUGGAAAGAUCAACAAGGGAGAAGAACUCAACGUGUCUUACGUAGAUUUCCUUAACCUCAGUGAAGAUAGAAGACAACAGCUGAAGAAACAGUACUAUUUUGACUGCACGUGUGAGCACUGCACAAAGAAGACUAAGGAUGAUCUACUGCUGGCUGUCAUAGAUGAUGAAACUAAGCCUUCAGAAAGUGUCGUUAAGGAGGUUAUACAAUUCUCAGUGAAUACGAUGGAAAAGAUUGAUAAAGCCCGCUCUGAAGGGGCAUACCAUGAGGUGGUUAAGCUUUGCCGGGAAUGCCUGAAGAAGCAGGAACCGGUCCUGGCGGAAACCAACAUUCAGAUGCUGAGAGUUCAGAGCAUAGCUUCCGAAGUGCUCUCUUACCUGCAGAUGUUUGAUGAUGCUGCUGAGUAUGCCAAGAAGAUGAUAGAUGGAUACUUAAAAAUCUACCACCCAAACAAUGCCCAACUUGGGAUGUCGGUGAUGAGGGCGGGAGUCACACACUGGCAUGCUGGGCUUAUUGAAGUUGGGCACGGAAUGAUCUGCAAGGCCUACGCCAUUCUGCUGGUUACUCAUGGUCCUUCACACCCUAUUACCAAAGAUCUGGAGGUGAUGAGGGGGCAGACAGAAAUGGAGCUCAGAAUGUUUCAGCAGAAUGAAUUUGUAUAUUACAAGAUGAGAGAAGCAGCUUUGUCCAACAAACCCAUGUGUGUCAUGCAGGAGCCGAGCAAGGAGAACGAGACCACCUUGUUCCAUAAAAAACCCUAGAGAGAACUUAAGAGUGGUCCGCCAGUCAUGUGACCUUCCUGGACUAGCAGACACGCAGCGGGAGGACCUGACCAAUGUGCAUCAACUACAGGGACCCCCCUCUUCUGACAUCACAAAUAACUAGAUCUGCUUCAUGAUGUAAACUUGCUGAGCAGUUGGCUUUUAGUGUCCCCUGACCCUGUGCUUUAUUUAAUUUUAUGCAAAUGUAUGUAAAUUGCAAAUUCAUAUUUUACAACAGAUAAUAAAGACUGUUUAGGAAACAUCA